GGCGGCGGGCACCGAGUCACCAGGCACAACCGUGGGCUCCGAGUCAACUGGGAUGACCGCUGGCACUGGGUCAGACAUUGGAUCGUCUGGCUGGACAGCGGGCAUCGGGUCACCAGGCAUCAGGUCAUUUGGCUCGACAGCGGGCACCGCGUCAUCUGGCAAGGCAGUGGGCUCCGAGUCAACUGGUAUGACCGCGGGCACUGGGUCAGACAUUGGAUCGUCUGGCUGGAUAGCGGGCACUGGGUCACCAGGCAUCAGGUCAUUUGGCUCGACAGCGGGCACCGCGUCAUCUGGCAAGGCAGUGGGCUCCGAGUCAACAGGCACGACAGUGAGCACCGGGUCAUCAGGUACCGGAUUGUCUGGCUCGACAGCGGGCAUCGGGUCACCAGGCAUCAGGUCAUUUGGCUCGACAGCGGGCACCGGAUCAGGUACCGGAUCAUCUGGAUCAACAGCGGGCAUCGAGUCAACUGGCCUAAUAGGAUCGUCAGGCUGGAUCAGUUCAUCAUGCUGGGUAGAGGCAUCAGGCUGAAUGCCGGCGUCCGGCUGAGUAGAGGCUUCAGGCCGAGUAGAGGCUUCAGGCCGAGUAGAGGCUUCAGGCCGAGUAGAGGCAU